AUCAAGAGACCCUCUUGAAUGCUGCAUAAUUUAAUGGUCAACAAUUGAAAUGAUUAAUUAACCGGAGAUUUCAAUGUCGUUUCUCUUACUUCUCCAAUGCUGAAAAUUCACAGCGAGACAUACUAAGAAAUCUGGUUUUCUACUUUUGAGCUUUGAAGAUGAUUGCGAGCUCUUUUUCCGCACCAAUGUCCUGCAAUUUAAUGCUAGCUUCGAGUUAUUCGCAAUUUAACCAGCAUAGGUUGAUCAGCUGCCGGUUUUUCUUCGACAGAGGUGGCAGAUUCGUUAGCAGAAGUCAACGAGUUUACUGCGGGUCUGAGAUAAAUGAUGUGCAGAUCAGAAAGUUUGCUCCUGUUUUGGAAUGUGAAAUAGCAUCAGGAAAUGGGAUCCUACAAUCUAAUGAGUGGAAAACAGUUCCUGAUAUUUGGAGAACAUGUGCUGAAAAAUUUGGUGAUCGUGUAGCACUGGUGGAUCACUAUCAUAACCCUCCAACAAAUAUGACUUAUAAUCAGCUAGAGCAAGAAAUUUUGAAUUUCUGUGAAGGCUUAAGGGUCAUUGGAUUGAAAGCAGAGGAAAAGCUCGCCCUCUUUGCUGAUAAUUCAUGCCGGUGGCUUGUUUCAGACCAAGGUAUUAUGGCCACUGGAGCAGUCAAUGUUGUCAGAGGUACAAGGUCAUCCGUUGAAGAGCUUUUGCAGAUAUACAACCACUCUGAUAGUGUUGCUCUUGUGGUGGAUAAUCCUGAACUGUAUAAACGGAUUUCAGAGGCCUUCUGCUUCCGAGCCACUGUAAGGUUUAUCAUUUUGCUUUGGGGAGAGAAGACAAACAUAACCAGUGAAGCUGCACCGGAGGUUCCUAUAUAUACUUAUCAGGAGAUAAUAGAUAUGGGUUGUCAAAGUCAUGAAGCUUUACGCCAUUCUGGAGAUGCUAGGACAAAAUUUACUUAUGAAACUAUAAGGUCUGAUGAUAUUGCUACACUUAUAUAUACAAGUGGGACAACUGGGAAUCCUAAAGGUGUUAUGCUUACGCACAAGAAUCUGCUGCACCAGGUUGGAAGCUUCUGGGACAUUCUGCCAGCUGUUCCUGGGGAUAGAUUUCUGAGCAUGCUUCCACCUUGGCAUGCAUAUGAACGAGCUGCUGAGUAUUUCAUAUUUACUCUUGGAAUUGAGCAAGUAUAUACAACAGUCAAGAACCUAAAGGAUGAUUUGUACCGUUAUCAACCUCAUUUUGUAAUUUCUGUUCCCUUGGUAUAUGAAACACUUUACAGUGCAAUCCAGAAGCAGAUCAGAACAAGUUCUGUUGUUCGUAAAGUUGUUGCUCUUUUAUUCCUAAAGAUCAGUUUCACAUACAUGGAGGCAAGAAGAAUUUAUGAGGGGAAAUGUCUGACCAGAAAUCUUGAACAACCUUCCCACGUUUCUGCAGUGUUUGACUGGUUAUGGGCAAGGAUCAUUGCUUUAAUAUUGUGGCCACUACAUACAUUAGCAAAGAAAAUUGUCUAUAGUAAGAUUCAUUCCGCGAUUGGAAUUUCAAAGGCUGGCAUAAGUGGAGGCGGCAGCUUGCCCCCACAUGUUGACAGGUUCUUUGAGGCAAUUGGAGUAACAGUUCAAAAUGGAUAUGGCCUAACAGAAGCGUCACCUGUUGUAGCAGCUCGAAGACCAAACUGUAACGUAAGCAACAUGAUUCUUGCACUAGAAACAACUGAACUGUUAAGAUUUCUAGUUUAUAGAGGAUUAUCUCUUGUUAUUGGCUGGAUUUGUCCUCCUCAUUCUAUAGGUCGAAGCCGUCGAUCUAGUGGUGUUAUUGUUCUAGAAGGACGUGCAAAAGAUACAAUAGUCCUUUUGACAGGUGAAAAUGUGGAGCCGGCAGAGAUUGAGGAAGCUGCUAUGAGAAGUAACCUUAUUCAACAGAUUGUCGUCAUCGGCCAGGAUCGACGACGACUUGGAGCUAUUAUUGUCCCUAACAAAGAAGAAACCCUGUCACAAGCUAAAAAGCUGGCUAUAGUGGAAGCUGAUGCUGUAGAGCUUAGCAAGAUGCAACAGAUUAAUCUACUGCACGAGGAAUUGAGAAAAUGGACCUUGGACUGUUCGUUCCAAGUUGGACCAAUCCUGGUGGUUGAUGAUCCGUUCACGAUUGAUAGUGGUUUAAUGACUCCUACGAUGAAAAUUCGAAGAGAUCGAGUCGUGUCUUUGUACCAAGAGCAGAUAGACAACUUGUACAAAGGAAUUGCCUAAAAGAAUUGGAUUUUGCUAUGUACUUAUAGCUGUGUGUGCGUGUGUCAGUGUGUGUGGUACUGUGGUAGAGUGAGAGAGACAGAGAGUCAGGGACCUCAGCCUUCUGGACUGGUCUCAGAGGGAAGAAGAUCAGAGACAUAAUCAGAAGAAUUUGUAAGAAUGCUUCUGCUUCAAACUGACAAAGUAUGUUGUGAGUGUGUCAUAGUAAAGAACAUUCUCCAAAAUAACUGGAGUUGCUAAUAAAAUGUUGUGAUGCAUCUGCUGCAAUAGUUUCGACUCUGUAUGUAAUUUUGACACAGAAGACCUAGUCAUAAACUAAA